AUGGGAAGAUAAAUCUUCGCCGCGAAUCUGCUGCUGUGAAACAACACGUUGUUACUGUGCUCCAUCGAAUCCACAUAUUUACAACCAUGUCUUCUUUUCGAAAAGCCUUGAAAUCUAAACAACGAGACCACAAAGAGCGAUCACAGCUCGGUUUCAGGAAACAUUUGGGACUGUUAGAGAAGAAGAAGGACUACAAACUUCGUGCAGAUGACUACCACCGGAAACAGAAGACCCUCAUGGCCUUGCGCAAGAAGGCCAUGGAUAAGAACCCUGAUGAAUUUCAUUUUAAAAUGAUACACAGUCAAUUAAAGGAUGGAGUUCACAUGCUCAAACCAAAAGAGGAAACAAUGACAGAGGAGCAGAAGAAAGUGAUGAGGACCCAGGACAUCAGAUAUGUGGAAAUGAAGCGAGUGUCGGAGAUGAAGAAAAUCGAACGGAUGAAAUCAGAGCUCCACCUUCUUGAUGUUUAUGAGGAAAAGAAAAAUAAACAUGUUUUUUAUGUGGACUCAAAAACAGAAGUGGAGGACUUUGACCUGGCCACACACCUCAACACAGUACCUGAACUGUUGGGACGAGCAUAUAACAGACCUACAAUAGAGACCCUGGAAAAGAAAAGCAUUGUGGGAGCAGUGGAGCCUCAGAAUAUAAAAAAACUUGCAAAGCAGAGAGAACUUCAAUAUCUGAGGCUUUCACAGCGUAUUGACCGAGAAAAGAAGAUGUUUGUCAUUAGUCAAAAGAUCCAGACUAGAAAAGAUAUACAAGAUAAGGUUAAGAAAGUGAAAGUCCGUGAGGAGACCAGAAGCGCUCCAGCUGUCUACAGAUUUGAGGCCAAGAGGAAAAGAUGACAUCUUUGAAUCAGCACACUGAAGAAACUCACUUUGUCUUGUGGCCACCAAUCAGCCGUUUAAUCUAUGAAGUGGAAAUAAUCUAUGGAUUUGUCUUUCACUUAUAUAAAAUAGUCUGUGAGGCCAUGCUGGGAAUCUUGCAUGCUAUAAGGCAAGGAGUUUGUACAUAUUUUUGCAAAAUCAUUUGUUGCUUUAAAAUAAAAAUUGGUCUUUAA